CAAAAUCCCUUUCAUUCAUCAAAUCCGAGUCGUUCCCGCGUUUCAUCAUUGUUCUCAUCCUCAACUCGUCAUUCCAACAAAUCGUCGCUGACCAUGUCGUCGUCCAAGCACCGCCGUGUGACGGACUCGGAUUCAGACGAGGCUGAGCUCGAGGUGAACGGUAAUGCAAGCCCAGCAAAGAGCAGCGACGACGGCCGAGGACAGCGCCGCCGCAGCACCCAGCGCCAGUCGACCAGUGCUCGAAGGAGCAGCCAACAAGAUGAUGAUAAUGAUGAUGACGGUGUUGGCGAGGACGACGACGACGACGACGACGAUGAGGACGAUGAAGCCGAGCAGAUCAGCACUGCAGAGCAAGCGGUCGCGUACCUGCGAACGGCGCCACCGAGCAAGGCAAACUACGCAGCGCCAAUGACAUCGCUGACACCAAGGGACGUGGCCGAUCGCCGCGAGCGGGAGCAGAACGACAAGGAACAGCGCCGCGCAGCUGUGCGCGCAGAUCCGCAGGCCGCCAAGGAAUGGUCCAAGCUGCUGCAGAAGAGCAAGGCGAGGCAGCUGGUGCGGGUAGCACGCAGUGUGGAUCGAGCCAUCGAGGUGCUGCAGCAGCAGGCGCAGCGCACCGGGUUGCAGCCGUCGCACCUGCUCACAGUGAUUGAUGCGGCAACGAGCGGCAAGCACAACGACACGCGCGCGUCGCGAUUGCUGCACGUGUGUCUGCCGUCGAACGCAGGCAUCCCAGAACGAUGCUUGGUGGUGGUGGUGGGUCGCUUGACAGCUCGCAUGAUGUCGCCCGUCAUCCAAGCCCUCGCGCUCAAGUGGUGCGUGUGUGCGCACCCAUACCUCAGCUCGACCGACACUGUUCACGGCUUGUACGGCAUGCUGAUGCACUAUCUAGACUUUGACACACUCCGACCUUCGGUUUGCGCGCUGCUCAACUUGCUCACACGGCGACGCGACGCCCAGCCCUUUCGCGUUCGCCGAUUGCUCGAUCUCAACCGCAAAGCCGGCGGUGACCACUCACUGCUCGCAUUGCUUCGGGUGUACCAGCUGUAUCAGCCAGAUCUCAUCUCCAUUUCGCUCUCCGGGGUCCAGCUGCAGCGUGCCACCUUCCAGGCGCCUGACUCGGUGCUUGCGCGCUUGAUGGCUCACACCCACAGCAUUGCCGAGAACUUUGCCAACCCCCGCGGCGAUGUGCCAUUGUUUUCAGGUGCGUCAGGCGGCGCUGGAAGUCUUGCCAUUCUGAGUCGGUCGGCGCUGCACUACACUCCAGUAGCGCUCAGCAGUAGUCGCCACACCAGCGACUCCACUACUUUGGCCAUCACGCCGGCAUUCUCCUCAUCAUUGUCAUCGUCGCGGGCAUUGGCGCCCCCAAAGAAACGGUUGCGCCUGGAUCCCAUCGCUCCCGUUUUGCACACAUCUCAUAUCGCUGCUGGAAGCGUCAAAGGCUUAACUGUGCUCGGGAUGAGAGAUAUCGGCGCCCGAUUCACAGUGCGACACACGGCUACGUUGGAGCAACUAAACUCGCUCUCGGAACUAGGCCACAAUAUCGACCGCGUUGAAAUGCCAAACCAAAUUGCCGCAGUGCUGGAGUCGCCAAUUUUGCGCCACGCCUUGUCCUGCGUCGGCGACCCCGUGUUGAUUCGUCGGCUCGGCUAUUACCUGGAACAGUUGCUCGCGGAUGAGUUUGGCGCUCGCGACGCAAAUACAGCCAUGGCAGCAAACACUGCGUCGACGGGCGCGGAACUGGAACGCAACGCCACUGCUCGCAAUCAAGCCGCCUUGAACGAGCGACUAGCCAUUCAGCGUGACGCGACAAGUACUGCACGGCUGAUGGAUCAGACUCGCCAUCCCGAUCUGGCACGUGAAUUUGAGCUGCCUGGCUUGAAAUCAAGUGCUACGGUUGCGCAACCGAGUUUUACGUUUGACGGCGGGCAUGAUCUCAACGUGCGCGAUCGUGCCAUCUACAAUCGGCGAUCACGACUGCUUCAGACGUUGGUGGAUUUGAACGACUUUUUCUUGGAGUCUGACCAGGUCGUGCUCACGUUCUUGACCAAAUACCUUCGCGUUUGGAAUGGAAUUGAUCAUCGUGCCGAGAUAUUGGCGCUCGUAUCUCGCAUUUCCCCCUUAAUGUACGAGGAACUCUAUGGACAGUUCUUGUUUCCUUUGCAGCACAUUUUCGAAACCUCCUCGCCGCAAGGGAAGGCCGAAAUUUUGCUAGCCUACCGCCAUUUGUUGCAUCGCAUGUGCAGCGUGGAUUGGCGAAAAUUCUUCCUUUCUCCCUCUGCACCGGGCGAGCCCGAGCACGAGUUUAUUUUCAACAGUCAUACACUUUCGCGCAAAGUCAACUAUUUCCGCACCAUUCAAGAAUUUGGCUUGCACGUUCAGCGACUAAGCUUGGUUGCACUUGAACUUGACGCAGAUCACAUUGUUGUGCAACACGCCGUGCUUUCCUUCUUUGAGCUCGGAGAGUCGCUCUUGCGGGACUACAAUUUGCCAUUUUACAUUCACCCACCACAUAGUAUCCUUGCACGGCUGUUUUACAGCACCCAAAUGAUGGUUGUUUCACGUGUGUGCGAUUUACUCCAACGAAUCGGAGACACCUACACCAAGAUCAAGAAAAUUGAACAGUGGGGCAUGGUCGACCGUGCAACGUCCGACACGAUGACUUUGCACAACGCCACCCUGUUGGAAAUUGUCAAUAGCGUGUGGCGCGACAAGCCCAUGCGACAGACUGACUCUCAAGUUCCACUCUUCACAGCCAACGUGGAGCCGCUUGCUAUUCGCAUUUGUCAAGGCAUGGACAAUGGGAUUCGAGAGCCGCUGGUGGCCGCCCCGAUGUCGGAUGCCUUGAAUCUGUUCAACCACUUUGCAUUCGUGUCGACCACGCGCCAGUUCCUUGUCAAGCACGCCUCCACGCUCAAAAUCGGCAACAACAACAACGAGCAGCCGCUCGUGCCUGCAACGAUGGGCCGCCUGGCGCCCCAGCGGUCUCUUUUCUUGUUCGAGCUGGAGCAAGCCAACAUUGCACCUGGGUUGAUGCGAUUGUUGUGCUCUGCCUUCCAGUCUCUUCAGAGCAAAAUUUCUGGCCAUUUGAAAGAGCACCCAGAGUUUGUCGAGGAGGUCACCGACGAGCAAAACCGACAGGAUUGAAUGGAAAGUCGUGCAGCUGGGCUUGUUCUGCUUCUUAUUUGAUCGUUUGAAUUGGGGGGGGGGGC